CAAGACCGUACCGCAAGCAGCAGGUUGUUUUAUGAUUGAUGCAGUUCAUUUCAUUCAAGUCUAGACGCUGACUUUUGCGCAAGCAAACAUAUCCAAGAAGAGCAUAGCAAUUCACACGGGGCCCGCUUCCAUGGCAACUGUAUUCUAGAAUAAACUGUAAACAGAAAAUUUUCACUGGUGCCUUCAAAAAUUCGGUUCCCAAAGUUAUCGAUUGGUGAGGUUUUCUCCCAUUGAAAUGUGCAGUUUAAGCUUGAUUUUCAGACAUUAAACUAAGCGCGAAGCUUGCUAUAUUAUGAGCGGCGAUAAGGUUCUGUACCGAAAUGAGGAACCUCAUGGUCAGGGGGAUGUGUUCUUCCUGUGGCAAACAGGCGGCUCAGCGCAGCUUAUGGCCACUACCGGAAGCGAUGGAACGGUGGCCAUUUUCAACCGCCAGGGACAAUUGGUGGAACGGAUCGUUUUGCAAGGUUUAUGUGCCGGAUUUGCGUGGGACAAAGAUGGGGAUGUUCUAGCCGUGAUAACACAGAGCUCUCCGCAGUUGAUUUUGUGGGACGCCAAUUCGCAAAAGAAACACUUGGUCGAUAUUGGGCUUCGCGAUCCACCAAGUUGCAUUGUGUGGUCCAAGAAAGGAAGAUUAUUGGCAGUAGCUACAUCCCGAGGAAACCUAUCGAUCUAUAAUCACGCCACCACUAAGCGUAUUCCAAUUUUGGGCAAACACACCAAACGCAUCACAUGUGGCGCCUGGUCUACUGAAAACAUCCUGGCGCUCGGAAGUGAGGACAAGUAUUUGUCGCUCAGCAACGAAGAGGGUGAUACUCUCAGGUCGGUUCAACUGAGAGACAAUCCGAGUGAUAUGCACUUUGCCGAAAUGAAAACUGAUGAACGGGUCCCUGGUGAAAAUACCAUUAGCAUGAUUCUGGGGAAACGAACGCUUUUUUUGUACCAUCUCCCAGAACCAGAUUCUCCCACAGAGCUAGGGUUUCAACAGCGCUAUGGAUCACUUUUGCAGCACAAAUGGUUCGGCGAUGGGUACGUGCUGCUAGGGUUCAGUCUAGGACAUGUGGUUGCCAUUUCUACGCAUCCCAGAGAAGUGGGGCAAGAGCUGUGGCAGGUAAAAAAUCAUCGCGAUUCGUUGAACAGCAUAGCAGUUUGCAAAGAGCUGGAGUUGGUUGCUUCAUGUGGCGAUAAUAAUGUCAAGAUCCACUCGAUGUCAAACCUUCAGGAAACGGUUAAAAUCCUCGCUCUUCACGAUCAAGCCGCCAUGAAAAAUAUCGAGUGGAGCUCGGACGGUCAACUGUUGGGUGUGACCACAUCCCAGGGAGCGAUCUGUGUGUUUGUCACCAAACUACACUCGCUAUAUGCCGUUUCCCCGCCUCGGAUAGCAAUUCUGUCCAGCCUUGCCGAAGUUGCCAUCCACCAUUACGCACCAGAUAAGGCUAAACUGUCACCGACGAUGAUUACUUUGGAAAUUGAACCAUCUUUUUUGGCGAUUGGACCGUACCACCUGGCAUGUGGUAUGAACAAUCACGUGUGGUUUUAUGAUCUUGGUCGAACAUAUAGCGAUAGUCCGUUGCUACUCGGCGAUAGGGAGUAUAUGUCGGAAAUCAAACAGGUGGCUCUAAGUGCUGAAUAUUGUGCCGUCCUCUGUGGUGGACAGAUUAUGCUUCAUCCCAUUGAAUCAACCAAUGAAAUCACUAUCAAUCGAGAGCCUAAAAUAUUUCCAGAUGAAAUAAGAGGAAUGUCAGAGUCGGUUAUCACGUGCUUAGCCCUGACAAACGAUUUCCUAUGCUUUGCAACAGAUCUCGGUAACAUUGUGCAAUUUUCCCUCGAACGCUGGUCGACGGUUAUUCAAUAUCGGCACCCAGUCGGAAUGAAGUCCCUAUACUCGGAUCUGGACGGUACGCGGAUGGUUUUCGUGGAUGACCACAGCCAUGGCUAUGUGUACCUUUCGGCUACGGAGGAGGCGAUUCGAGUGCCGGAUUUUCCGAAACACGUAGUCGGCGUUCUGUGGGACCUCUCACAUGCGAAUGUGUUUGUUGCUUUUGAUCGCAGCAAUUGUAUAACGUAUGCAUUUGUGAGAAGUUCCAUUGAGGGAAAAAAGGUGGAGAAAGUCGGCGUUACAAGCUUGAUAAGCGAUCAAAUUCCACUGAUGCUGUACAACGGAGAAUUGUGCUUGCACGGUAGCGGUGGCAGGUUGACCAAUAUCGUUCUCGAUACUCAUGCCAACAAACCCGGCCAGGACGCCAAAGAACAGCUACGGUCUGUAAUCAAAAUGAGGAAGUUCAACGAAGCCUGGGAAUUGUGCAAUUUGAUUGGCGACGAAGCCGAAUGGAAGCGACUGGGCCAAGCAGCUAUCAUGGAUCUCAACAUUGUCUUUGCUAUUAAGGUUUAUCGUUAUAUUGGAGACGUGGCAAUGGUAUACGCUCUGGAAGAUUUAGUACAAAUUGAAGAUGUGAACACCCUCGCAGGGUUUUGUGCCUUAUUGUUGAACAGGAUUGACGACGCGAAAACGUUGUUUGCAAAAAGUGGAAAUCCACUCGAAGCCCUGGAACUUUGCCGAGAUUUGCUCCAGUGGGAGCAAGCGAUGGCACUAGCCAGCUCGCUGGCCCCAGAACAGUUGCCAUUUUUAGCUCGGGAAUAUGCUCAGCAGUUAGAGUUUACGGGUAACCACGCUGAAGCACUCAUGAACUUUGAGCGUGGUCUCAAGUACGACUCCGUUCCGAACUCUGCCAAUGGAGUCAUUCAACAGGAUGUCAUCGAACAGCACGUGAUGCUUUGCAAGGCAGGAAUCGCCCGCACAAGCAUCAAGUGUGGUGAUAACAGAAGAGGAGUUCAACUGGCGCUUGAAGUGGGCGACACUCAACUGUUCAACGAUUGUGGAGAAGCGCUUAUGGCAAGUGGGAACUACCCUGAGGCGGCUAUCCUUCUGGAAAAAGGUGGCAAUUGGGACAAAUGCUGUGAGCUGUAUAUUCAUCUGAAGCAAUGGAAAAAGGUGGAUCAAAUUUUGCCCAAUAUCACUAGUCUGAAGCUACACGCAGCUUACGCGAAAGCGAAAGAAGAUGAAGGACACUAUGCAGAUGCCAUUCACAGUUACCAGCUGGCUGGUGAUUUGGACAGUGUAGUCAGAAUCUAUUUGGAUAACUUAUCGGAUCCACACAGUGCUUCGGAAAUUUUGCUUGAAACAAGAUCUGUAGAAAGUUCGAAGAUGCUGUCGAAGUAUUUCGAGCGCCAUGGGGAUUACGAAUCUGCCAUUCAGUUUUUGGUGCUUUGUGGAUCUAUUAACGAAGCAUUUGCCAUUGCUCAGAAGCAGAAUAAAAUUCGUUAUUACGGUGAAAUUUUGGAACAAAGCUCCAGUGCUAAGCCCAGUGACUUUUUGGUACUUGCUACAUUGUUUGAGAACGAAAAAUAUACCUUGCUUGCCGGCAAGUAUUACUUUUUAGGUAAAGAGUAUAACAAAGCUUUAAAACAUCUGUUGAGGGCGUCGUCGUUUAGCAAUGAAGAAAAUACGGCCUUGUCUUUGGCGAUUGAUUGCGUAGCUUCUGCUAACGAUGAGAAGCUUUCGAAUCAACUGAUCGAAUUCUUAUUGGGGGAAACCGAUGGCGUUCCGAAGGAUCCAAAACUGCUGUUCCGAUUAUAUAUGGCCAAAAAACAGUACAAAGAAGCCGCCAAGGCAGCUAUGAUUAUUGCCAAUCAGGAGCAGAUAGCCGGAAACUACCGAAGCGCUCACGAUCUAUUGUUUUCAAUGUACCAGGAGCUGAAGCGAAAUAAUCUCAUGAUUGCAGCGGAUAUGAAAGCUUCACUAACUCUACUCCAUCGAUAUACGUUAGUCAGGACUCACGUGAAACGUGGAAACCACCUGUUAGCGGCCCGUUUGUUGUUGGAGGUGGCUAAAAACAUUUCUCAGUUUCCAUCACAUGUUGUACCAAUUUUGACCUCGACGGUGAUCGAGUGUCAUCGAACGGGGCUGCGCAAAUCGGCCUUUGAGUAUGCUGUUAUGCUGAUGCGAUCCGAAUAUCGGAACCAAAUCGACGGGAAGUAUGCCAAGAAAAUCGAAUCCAUCGUGCGUAAGGCACCUCGUGGUCAGCUGGAAGAUGAGGGAGCAUACGACACCAGCCCCUGCCCGGUGUGCGAUAGUAAUCUUCCCUGUAUGGAUUUCAUUUGUGGCCAGUGCAAGACAACGCUCCCGAUCUGCAUAGCAACGGGACAACAUAUAACCAAGGAUGAUAUGACGGCUUGCCCAGAGUGUGAUUUCCCGGCUUUAAAAGUUGAGAUGAUAAAAAUAUUGGAAACAACGGAGAAUCAAUGUACAAUGUGCGGUGAAGAAGUGGACUCUACAAGGUUGAUUGAUGUAGAUGAUAUCCAACCAUUUUUGGCGAAUGCGACGUGAUCAUGCGACGUGCUUCAAUAUCAAAAAAUUCAUUGCCAUGCAAACACAGUUUCAAGCAAAAAUUCCCAUGAAGAAUCAAGCUCAGAAGGCAGGAUUAGCUCAAUUUCAGACCACACUCUCAAAGGCUUUGUGGAUGGUUUGAUUUGGUUAACUAAGGAAUUCUUUUUUGUGUUGACAGUGUAUCAAUAUCCGUUCAUUUCAGGUUGUUGAUCAAAAACUAGGAACUGUUAAAUGUUUGUACAACAGUAGGAGGAACACAAAUGUUGGAUUUGAGCAGACAUGUAUAUAAUACAAGAAAAAUCGCGUCAAUUGCACCAAUAAUAAGUCUAAAAAUUCACACCGGGUGGAGAACUAACGGCCGAUUUUGAUUCUCUGCUGCUUUUCCAAAGUGCUAGAAGUCCUGAGGUACGAAAGGUUUUAUGCGGCAGCUACUCCGCUGCUCACCGAGGUACUGCACGGUUUUUUAAAAGCAAAGAUCAACGUUGACCAACUUGAUGUGCUAUGCCAGUGAUUCACAUGCCGCAAUCAGUUAAAAAUGCAAGUGGAUUCCAUAUACAUUGACUUUGCCAAAACCUUCGACAAGUUCCUCACAUUUUCGUGCAAGGAAAUAUCGGGCGCUUUGGAUUUCCAGAGUGGGCAAAUAUGGUUAAAUUAGUAUCAAUUAAAUCUUCAAGGAUAAUAAUUAUUCGUGGAACACACUCCACCGUGUUCGAAAUACCGUCCGGUGUUCCACAAGGCAGUCACUUAGGACCUCUUAUCUUCGUGCUCUUCAUAAACGACCUGGCGAAUUUGCUUCAAUCGCCUAAACUUAUGUUUGUAGACGACUUAAAAAUCUAUCGGACCAUCGACUCCAGAGUGGAUUGCGCAGGGCUUCAAGAAGACAUGAAUAGAGUAAUCGCAUGGUGUGAGAAACACGGAAUGGUUGUGAAAGCUGGAAAAUGCAAAUGUAUCAGCACCAUCAAAACCAACACCAAAGUUGUCUUUAACUACGUUCUGUAUGGUACUCCACUUGAAAUAGUGACUAGCAUAAAAGACCUGGGAGAAACCUUCGCCCAAAACCUCUCGUUUACCCAGCAUAUCGUCCAGCAUCAGGAUUUUUCCGACGAAACUCUUUGAGCUUCGAGGACUCGUUUGCUCUCAAAACAGUGCUCUACUUAUUAGUCCGCAUUGUCUUGGAGUAUGCGGCACCGCACCAGUUUGGGCGCCAUUCUGUUCAUGUAGAAAGGGUAGAAAAAGUUCAGAAAAAAAUUCUUCUGCCCUGGCUAUCGCCUUACCGACAAAGGUGUGGCCAGCUCUCUUUGACAUUGUUGAGUCAAAGAAGAGUGUACGUACAAAGAAUGUUUGUCUACGAUAUCCUGUCGAAUAAUAUUGACUGCCGCAACUGCUCCAGAGUCUAAGUUUGAGCGCUCCAGCUCGCCGACUGCGUCACCAAACCAUCUUUUGAAUACCAAGGAAGCAAAACAGUUUUUGGACAAAACCACUCGCUGAUUCGAUGCUGUCAAGUUUUCAACGAAGUUUCGCCUUGUUUGACUUUAAUGUUUCGAAAUCUGUGUUCAAAUGUGUAAUCCGUGACGUUAUCUAGUUUUAAUUGUUUUGUUAUCUAAU